AUGUAUCACAGAGGAAAAUCUUUUAACUUUUCAGAAGCUAUUCGAGUUCAGAUGGAUCCAAUCAAUUUUAUCUUGAAUACUUCAGCAAACUUCUUCAAUUUGAAUCAAAAUUUCGAGAAUGCUUUUGACGAUUCAUACAUAAAAGAUUUCCUCGAGAAUGAUGGUCAAAGGAUCUUAUCGGCAUCUCUAAAUGAUACAAGGAAGUCACUUCACUUCCAGAAUAAAAUUCCUAAUGAAUACGAACGAACUCUUCUGUUCUAUAAGAGUCAAAAGAUUGACAAAAAUGGACUUGGAAACAGUCAAAGAUCAGACUUGGGAAUGUUAACCUUGGAAGGAGGCAUCGUCAAAUCGAUAUAUAAUUCAAUUUCGUCCAUUUUUGUACCGAAUGCCUUGAAUAAAAAUGAAUGUUCAAAUGACGUCAUAAAUCUAAUUGAAAACCUACAAACAAACUUGAGCGUUUCUUUGGGCGUUGCUGAAACAGGAAUAACUUCGGUCAAAGAUGAAAUUUACUUUUGGAAGCAGAAGACGGAAGUGGCACAAACAAAAUCUGACAAAGAAGCUGCGAGAAUAUUCAGCGAACAUUUAAAUAAUCUCAAUGGAAUUAUUGAAGACUUCAUGAAGCUGAAAACGAAUCAUAAGUUAAGAAAUCUUGAGGAUUUGAUUGACCGAACUCAGUACAUUCUUGAUGAACUUUGGAGGGUUCCAAACUUUCAAUACCCUCAAAAUCGAAUGAUUUCGAUUAUCGAUGUUCUGUCGUCAUUGAUUAUUGUUUGUUGUGUUGACGACAUGAAUCAGCAAGACGACAUUUGGAGUACAAGUUCAAUGAACUUGAAUGAAUUGAUUGGACAUGUUAUGGAAAUUAUGAACAAUUGGAUUCAAGUUUGUGAUUCACUCACGAGAUUGUUUUGGACGAAUUGUGAGCAACAUUCAUGGAGUGGAAAGCCUUACAUACCAAAUUUAAUCACGAAAUUUAAAACGAGAGUUGAUGAGAUUUUAGACAUUAAAAACGUUCAUAAACAAAUCUCAAUUUUAAGCUCGGAAGAUGAAACAAUUGAUCUGAAGUCACGCGAUUAUUUUCACAGCUUUCGUGACAUUAACGUCUUUGACACAACACCAAUUGGCGAAAAGUAUUGGAACACAGCAAAAAGUAAAUUUGAACAAUCUUUGUCGAAUAUUGACGAGAAGAUUGCAAUGAACAUCAAAUUUUCAAUUCAAAACGCGCUCAACAAUCCACGUCAAGUCAUUUACAUUUUCUCAAAAUAUGAAAACAUUUUAAGACGACAAAAGAUUAAAGAUGCGUUGAGAAUUGAAUGCGAUCAUUUGCAUCAUUCGAUGUUGAUUUUCUUUAAGCAAUUGCAUCAAGCUCUUGCUGAUAGUAAGAAAAAUCCACAUGAUGACGACAAUGAUGUGUCGCCAUUAGUGUCUGAAAUUAAAUGGUUGAAGAUCAUCGAAUAUCAAGUGCAACAAGUCAAUCAAAUUUGUCAAAGUGUUCUCUACGAUCGUGAAGAUUAUCAGGAAUUGAUGAAAAAUCUCACAGAGUUUCAAUCGGAAAUGGAAAAUUCAUUGAAACAGAACUUCGAUCAGUGGUGUGAACAAUCAUCGUCAUCAGUUGUAAGCGGUGAUUUGGUUCUCAAAGACAACGAACCAGUAGUGAAAUUUGAGAAGAAAGAUCGACAACUUAUGACUGUCACUUACAAUCCAAAACUUUUGGUAUUUUGUCAAGACAUCCGAUACUUGAAGAACUUUGGAUUCAACAACAUUCCAAACGAACUUGUUAAGUAUGGCAAUAUCGGUAGGAAGUACAUCAAAUACGCUAGAAAUCUACAACAAAUUUCAAACUUCCACAACACUAUCGGCGACCGAAUAGUUCCAUGUCAAAGACCAAUCAUGCUUAAAAAUGCAAAAGAAUUAUCAAACUUAGUUAAAAGUCAGUCAGUGUCAUGGAACGAUGAAGAGUCGGUGAAGAAAUACAUUUUAGUGUUACAAGAAGCGAUCAACACUUUAUCAAGAGACAACAAUUUGCUUUCGGGUUAUCAUGAAAACUUUAAGAAAUCGAUUAUAAAACUCAUGAACACCGAUCUUCUUAAACAAUCAAAUGUCUGGAAAGAUGAAUUGAAACAUCUCAGAGAUUUGAUGGCGACACUCGAACGAAAAGGUUACACAAACCUUCAUUUGUUCAAACUUCAUUGGGAUUAUCAACUUUACAAAGCACUCGAGCAUCAAUUAAUCUUCUUCUUGAUCGACAGUAAAGAGAAACUUCCGGAUAUCAACAUUGAUAUUGUGUUUCGACAACAACAAUUGCAGUUCCGACCGACGUUAGAAGAAAUCCGAUUCCAGUACUAUUCACAACUUAGAAAGUAUGUGGAAAUGCCUUUGCAUUUUCAUGGCUUCUCUGACAACAGCAAUAAAAUUUUCCAAGUUAUGGUUGAACGAAAUCGAUCAAGAUUCAAAUCGCUUUAUGAUCGUGCGGAGAGAAACUUUCAAAGAUUGUGCGAGUUUCGUGAUUUGUGGCUUCCUUGGGUGUCCAUUGGUUGCGUGAAUCUCGAGAAUCUUUGUCAAGUACAUUUGAACAGUUGGGAAAAUUGGGACAAGAAUUUCAAAGCAUGCAAGAAUUUCAGUCAAAAAAUUGCAAAGAUUCAGAAUUCUGAAGAGAGAAUCGAUUGCUUUGUCGUGAAUGUAGCGCCAGUGAGAUCACAUAUUGAAUACAUUGCAAGAAGCUUCUGGGAGACGCUUUCAAUCACUUUAAGAUCAUCAAUUUUAGAUGACAAUUCGACAUUACAUGAAUACAUUACAACGGCUUUGAAUGUUCUUCAACAUAUUCCGAAUGACGAGACUGGAAUUAUUUCAACGAGUUUUAAAUACGAAAAGAUUGUUGAAGAUUUGCCGAGGAUGACAGAACUUCUUAAAAGCGUUCAAAGUAAGAACACUUGCUUAGCUGGUUGGUGUAGAGAGACUGUGGGAUCUCUAGAUUCUUUAAUUAAUAAAUGGGAGAAGCUUUUACCACUGAUUGAGAAUCAUCAUGUUCUCCUGCAAGGACAAAUUGAAGUCAUUAAAGAAACUCUCCUUGGAAAAAUCGUAAAUCUGAAUGAAGAUGCUGAAAAGUUUUUGAUAAAAUGGGAAGACACUUUGAAGGAUUUGGAAGCAAACCCAGAUGGUGACUUUGAAGUGUUUAGGGAGAGAAAGCAACAAUGGAAUGAGUUUGUUGAAAGACGAGAUGCAAUGAUAGCUGAAUGUGAAAAGUUCAAUGCUUCAUUCACGAAAGAUUUAAGUGAAAACUUUAAAAAGAUUGAAGACGAAGUUAAACGGCAUGGCGAACAGUGGACGAUUUUCGAAGAAUUUUUCUCUGAUUAUGAAUCAAUUGAACAAGAAGAAUGGUCAAUUUAUCGACGUAAGCCUUACAUUUUUGCAGACUUCCUUUCGAAAUGGGAAAAUCAGGUGGGAAAUAUGAUCACAGUUCCAGCUAUGAGAAUCAAGAAGCAAAUCGAUAAUUAUCGAAAUAUUAUGCCAACAUUGACCAUGUUGCAAUCGGAUUCAUUGAGUGACAAACAUUGGGCGAAUAUUUUUAACAUCAUUGGAUUGCCACCGAAAUCAUAUCACGACAUUAAACUCGUCGACGUUCUUAAACAUGCUUCAAAAUUGGAAGAAAAUUCGAAUGAGAUCAAAGUUAUUGUUCAUCAAGCUUAUUCCGAACAAAUCGUUCGACAAGCAAUCACAGAAUUGGAGCAAUGGUCAGUUGUUGCCAACUUGAAACUCUUCACUCAUGUUGACAGUAAAAGCGAAACAAUUAUGCUGAUUAAAGACUUUCAAGAAGCUUUAAGCAAGAUUGGUGAUAAUCAAAGUUUGUUGCAGUCUGCUAAGAACACUGCAGCAAUUGACUCAUUCACUGAUCAAAUUGAACUUUGGGAGAACAAACUCAACAUGCUGAGCUUCAUUUUGAAUAAUUUAUGCCAGAUUCAGAAGAAGUGGAUUUAUCUUGAACCAAUUUUCUCAAAUGGAACGUUAAGAAGUGGCGACACUUCAUUUCAUCGAAUCGACAAAGAUUUUCGUUACAUUAUGAGAGACAUUGCAAAUAAUCCGAAAGUUAUUUCGCUGAGUAAGAUCAACAACAUUCAAAUGAUUAUUGAAUCGUUGCUGAAUCAGCUGCAGCAUUGUCAGAACACUUUGACAGCUUACAUGACUGGCAAACGAGAUUUAUUUCCACGCUUUUACUUUCUCAGUGAUGAUGAUUUAUUGGAGAUUUUAGGGCAAUCAAAUAAAGAAAAUAUUCUCCAAAAGCAUGUCAGCAAACUUUUCCCGGGAGUCAGCAAGCUUGAGUUAGAAAUUGUUGACAGGAACAUGCAAAUUAAAGGAGUUAGAAGUGCGGAAAAUGAUUACAUGCAGCUUUCUAAUGAGAUUUUAACAAAUGAUGCUGCUGUCGAGUCAUGGCUAAGCAGUUUAGACAAUGAAUUGAAAUUGACAUUGAAGAAUUUAAUUAAAAUUUGUUAUCAAAGGAAUGAUUUGUCGAUUGAAACAAUUGAAAAGUUCCCGAUGCAAAUUCUUUGCUUAAUAAAUUCAGUAAAUUUCACUGGAAAGUUGGAGAAAGCAAUAACGACAAUGAGUUUGGAGAAAAUUUUAAUCUCGAUUAAAAGUGACAUCAGCAAAUUUUCGUUGCUACUUCAAAAAUCAGAAAAUUUUCUGACACAACUUAAGAUUCGAGCACUUUUGUUUGACAUGGUUCAUCAUGUUACGACAAUUCAAUAUUUGAUUAAACAUAAUGUGACAAAUCUUAAUGACUGGCAUUGGUUGCAACAAAUUAAAUUUUAUUACAACUCAACGACUGAAGGAAUCUCCGUCGUUGUUGUCAAUGCUGAAUUUGAAUAUUCUUACGAAUUUCUCGGUAAUUACAACAAACUUGUGUACACAGCUUUAACUCACAACUGCUAUUUGACAUUAACACAAGCGAUGUAUCUUGGAUUGGGUGGAAAUCCAUUCGGACGAGCUGGAACUGGAAAGACCGAAUGUGUUAAAUCGCUCGGAGCGAUGUUGGGUCGAAUGGUUUUAGUAUUUAAUUGUAAUGAAAAUAUUGACACAUCAGCCAUGGCUUUGAUUUUAACUGGCAUCUCACGAUGUGGUGCUUGGGGAUGUUUUGAUGAAUUUAAUCGUUUGCAAGAAGAAACCUUAUCAGCAAUCGCAAUGUUGAUUCAACCGCUUCAAAUUUCGUUAAAAGAGAAACAAGAAUUUGUCAAUCUUCUGGAUAAAAAUAUUCCUUUAAAUCGUCAUUCAUGCAUCUUUGUGACACUCAACCCAGCUGACGAAGAUUACGGUGGAAGAAAUCAAUUGCCAUCUAAUUUACAAGCUUUGUUCCGUCCAAUUGUUAUGCAACAACCAGAGCCUAAGGAGAUUGCAAAAGUUAUGCUGUUCAUUGAAGGAUUUAAGAAUGCUGAAGAAAUUGGAAGACGAAUCGUUGAAUUAUUCGAUUUGUCAAGCAAACUUUUGUCACCGCAACGACAUUACGAUUGGGGACUUCGUGAACUUAAAACUGUUUUAAGUGCCUGUGGAAGGUCUUUGAGUUUGUCAAGACAAAUGGAUAAAGAACUUUCAUUUGAAGAUGAGAUGGAAGUUGUCGUGCAAUCAUUGAAGCCUAAUGUGAUGUCAAAAUUAACAUUAAAUGACUGCAAGCGCUUUAAUAUGCUUCUGGAAGAUGUUUUCCCUCAGUUGAAUUUGAAUACAGAUGUGAAUGAAGAAUUCCGGAAUAAAAUUGUCGAAGCAUUGCAAAUGAUGGGAAUGAGUAAAAAUGAACGACAAGUUGAUAAAUGUAUUGAAUUAUACGAGCAAUUGAGUAAGAGAAUUGGAGUUGCUGUGCUUGGUCCGCCAAGUUCUGGUAAAAGUACUGUGAUUAGCCUCUUAAAAUCAGUUUUAACUUCGCUGUCGAAGACUAUUCGAACUUACAUAAUUUCACCGAAAUCUAUGGAACGAUCGCAACUUUUAGGCAACUUAGACAUCAACACUCGUCAGUGGUAUGAUGGAGUUUUGACGCAAACAGCAAUCGCUGUGAAUAGUGAACCAACUGAGGUGACAUCUUGGAUUAUUUGCGAUGGUGAUGUCGAUCCUGAAUGGAUUGAAGCACUCAACUCUGUCUUAGAUGACAACAAACUUCUAACUUUACCUUCGGGUUGGCGAAUUCAGUUUGGCAAUAAUGUGAAUUUCAUAUUUGAGACGCAUGACUUGAUUAACGCAUCGCCUGCUACAAUUUCACGAAUGGGAAUCAUAAAAUUCAGCUCAGAAGAUUUGCCAUCAGAAUUAUUGAUAAAUCCUUGGAUUGCUGUUCAGUCCAACCCUGACACAGCACAAUUGCUGGUUGAGAAAUAUUUUAAUCACGUUUUAGACAAGUUUGAAGAAGUUUCAGAAAUUUCUUCAAAAGUCGGCCGAAUAAGUGUGGUGAAGAACAUUCUUAAUGUUUUGCCAAAUAUUGAUUCUAAUGAAGAGUUUGUAGUUGAAUUGAUCAAAGCAUGCAAUGCAAUGAUUGAAGGGAAGCAACGAAAUGAAUUUACAAAUGCGAUUCUCGAUCAUAACAACAUUUACGUCAGCAAUCCUAAUCAAGCAGAGAAUCUUUACUAUAAUAAAUUCAGGAAUAUUACUGACAUUUACACAACUGAUGACGUCCCCAAUGAAACGACGUUCAAUGAUCAAAGUUACACUACAACUUUAUUCAAAACAGCUUCAAUCAAAUCCAAUUGCGAUUUGCUUCGAAAUAUUCUGAAGAAUGAAGAUCGACCAGCUUUUCUAAUUGUUGGUGCGAAUGGAAAUGCAAAAGCUUUGACGAUCAAUUCGAUAGUUUCUGAAUUUACAGGCUAUCAAUUAGUGACCAUCAAUUGCAGCGCUCAAUUGAAUGCGAGUCAACUUCUUCAUGUUCUGAAGCAAAAUUGUUUAAUCGUGUCUGGAAUUCGAGGGAAGGAAUUCAAACCGAAGCUGUCGAGACUUGUUUUGUUCAUGAAGAACAUUGACUUGUGUCCGAUUGAUUCUUGGGGUUCAAGCGAUGUCAUCGAACUUUUGCUGCAAAUCAUCAACAGAAGUGGAUUUUAUGGAGAAAAUCUUGAAUGGAUCAGCAUCAGUGGCUUGCAAGUUUGUGGAACACUUUCGGAUUUAAAUAAACAAAACUUAUCGCCACGAUUCAUUUCAAAAUGUAACAUCAUCUUAACAAGUUAUCCAACUGAAAGUGACAUGCAAAACAUCAUUGUGAACUUUUUAACUUUCAUUUACAAUAAGUUCAAGAAUAAUUCAAUUCUGAUGAGGAAGGAAAAACUUGCAGAAGUCAUUCUUGAUGCUUUCAAUGAGAUUAAACAGAAUUUCACACCAGAUAUGAGUAAUCAUUACAAAUUCACACCAAAAAUGAUUGAAAUGUGGAUAAUUGGACUCGAAAAUUAUUCAAUUGAUCAGUUUUCUUAUAGUUUUGUUUAUGAAUUCACAAAGAUUUUUGGUGAUCGCUUAAUGUCGAUUGAACAUAAAACAACUUUCAAUGACAUUUUGAGAAAUGUUGGAAAAUUCUUCGAUACAAAGUUUGACGAAAAUGAAACAUUUUUCAUUCAAACUUCAGCAAAGUCGUCGCAACUUCAAAUGAUCGAUGCGAGCAAUUGGAAAGAUUUGGUUGAGAAAAAUCUUCCAAUUUGUAAUUCAGAAACAGCUUUAAUCGACUUACCAGUGACUGAAGAGAUAACAAAGUCAGUUGCUUCUAUUGUGAGAGCUUUAACUCGCUAUGGAACAAACAUUUGUUUAGCUGGGAAACUUGGAUCAGGACGAUUUGAAUCAACUGUUUUGGCUUCAACAAUACUCAACAUCAAAAUGUUUUAUCCACAAGUUACACGAAAUUAUUCACUCAACGACUUUUCCAACGACUUGAAGAUUGUUAUGCAAACAUGUGGAUUGGAGAAUGAAGUCGCAAUCUUUUACAUCGAUCAAGUUUGGAUUAAUUACUUCGAAGAUAUUUUAAAAUCUUGCGAAGCAAUUCUUGAAGAUGGAUUUAGAAAUGAUAAUCUCUUUGGCGAAGAUUUAGAAACAAUCGCAAGCUCUUUAAAAGGUGCUGCACAACUUGAAGGAUAUCAAGACAGUUUAAUUUCCUUCUUUUUAAAACGUGUUCGAAGUAAUUUCCAUCUGGUUAUUGCACUUGAAAUCACCUCAACAAACUUUCAAGAAAUUUUGAAAACUUACAAGUCGCUCUAUGCAAAAACCGAGUUCAUUUGGUUACCAGAUAAUUCAAAUCAAACUAAAAAUAUUCUUUGCGAAAGUGUCAUUAAGCAAAUGAAGAAUGACACGACUUUGAAGUUCACAAACAACUCAACAUUAUCAACAAAAUAUUUCGAAAGUGUGAUCAGCGAUUGUGGAUCUUGGAUUGACUCCCCAAAGCGAUCAAUUCAGUUAAUCAAAUCUUAUUUCUUAAUCCACAAUCAGAGUGAGAGGAAGAAAUUGGAUCACAAAUCAAAACUUGAGUGUGGAAUUCAAAAGCUUUCCGAUGCUUACAAAUACGUCGCUAAAUUGAAAGAUGAUGCUAAAGAGAAAGAAAAGGCUUUGGCUGAGAAACGCCAAUUGGCUAAUCAAGCACUUCAAAUGAUUUCAAGUACGAUGAAGAAUGCAAGCGAUCAGAAAACCGACAUGAUAAAAUUAAAAACGAAAACUGAAGAAAAUGGAGAAAUUUUGAAACAACGAAAGUUGGAGAUUGAAGAAGAAUUGAGUCUUGUUGAGCCUCUCUUAAAGGAAGCAAGUGCAGCUGUUGGUUCCAUUAAGACAGAAGCAUUGGCAGAAAUUAGAUCACUUCGAGCACCACCAGAAACUAUUCGUGACAUCUUGGAAGGUGUCUUAAGACUCAUGGGAAUUCGUGACACUUCCUGGAACAGCAUGAAAUCUUUUCUGGCUAAACGUGGGGUUAAAGAAGACAUUCGAUCACUUAAUCCAAGCUUGAUUACUCCUGAAAACUGCGCUGAAGUUGAACGUUUAAUUGAAAUGAAAUCUGAAUCUUUCGACUUUAAAAAUGCGAAACGAGCUUCAGUUGCUGCUGCUCCACUUGCUUCUUGGGUUGUUGCAUGUGUCAAGUAUUCAAAAGUUAUUCAAAGCAUUAAACCUUUGGAGAGAGAACAACAAGAGCUUGAAAGGAAUCUUGAACAUACUGAGAAUCAAAUGAAAUCGCUAUCAACGGGGAUUGAUGAUGUCAAUGUUAAAGUUAAAGAGUUAUCAGAACAAUUGAAUGGAUAUACACAAGAAGCAGCUGUUCUUGAGAUAAAACUCGAAGACACAAGAAACACGUUAAAGUCAACUGAAGUGCUUGUUGAAAAAUUGAGUUCCGAAUAUAAAAACUGGAGUGAAGAACUUGAAAGCAUCAACAAGGAAAUUGAAAACCUUGAUAAGCAAUCGAUGAUGAUUGCUUUGUGUCUCACACAUUUCUCUCACAUGUUAGAAGAAGAACGAGCGAAAUAUUUGGAAUUAAUCAGCGAAAUUUUGAAUGUGAAUUUUAAUCUUCACGUGACUUUAUAUUCGGAUCAAGAUAAGUUGGUUUGGGAAAGCAUGGGAUUGUCAUCGGACAUGCAAUCAGUUGAGAAUGCUUCACUUUUAACAAAGUUUCUUGAACUUCCUUUCACAUCAACUCCAAUUCCUUUGAUUCUUGACCAAAGUGGAAGUGCUUUAAAAUGGCUGACAAAAUAUCUCAAAUCAAAAUCCAACAUGAAAUUCGAAGUUCUCAAUCAAAAUGAUGAACGUUUCACUUACAAUCUUGAACUUGGUGUACGAUUUGGGAAAGUUUUGAUCAUCGACGAUGUUUCACUUCAAAUGACAGCAGCUUUACUUGCAUUAAUAUCGAUGAGAAUUCAAUGUCGAUUUAACAAAAAAAUGAUUCAAAUAGGGAACAAAUUAAUCGAUUUGCAUGAAGAUUUUCGUUUAAUUCUCGUGACAAGUUCGGAGAUCAAACAAUUAAAUGGAGAUGUUAAUGCAAAUGUGACGAUAAUUCCAUUCACAUUGACAACUUCUGGAUUGACUGAUCAACUCAUGACGAAAUGGAUUUCAAUGAAACAUCCCGACACUGAGAAAAAGCGCAUCGAACUUCUUCAGAAUGAAGGAAAAUUAAUGCAAGAAAAGAUUCAAUUACAAGAUAAACUCCUUGAAGAACUUUCUCAUGCUGAAGGUGACAUUCUCAAGAAUGAGAAACUUUUGGCGACUUUGAAUCAGAUCAAGGAAAGCAGCAUUGGAAUUGAGAAGUCUUUGAAUGAAAGUCACGACAUUCGUGUCAAACUUCUUGAUAAUUAUAAUCAAUUUAAGGAGAUUUGCAAUCAAUCAGCGUCGUUUUAUGUUGGAAUCUCAAAGAUUUAUGAAAUUGAUGCAAAAUCGUUCACAAAUAUUUUCCUUGAAGUCUUGGACAAGCAGAAAGCUUAUGAAGAUUUGUCAGAUCCUUUUGUUGAAAUUGUUAAGAAAACUUAUUUGCUGCUUAAUCGUUCAAUUAAAAAGUCAGAACAAGUUCAGCUUGGAUUGAACAUUUGCAAAUGUGCGUUCGCGAAGAAAGUUCCAGACAUUGAAUGGGAAAUGUUCAUCUUCAAUUUUGCUGAUUCAGACUCAAUUAUUGAUCACAACAUUCCAAAAUGGAUCAAGAAAGAAUUAAUUCCAAAGAUUUCAUCUUUGAAGAAUCAACAUCCGAAAUUUUAUCAGCAACUUAACUUUGAGAAUGAUUUUGAAUGGCGACAAUUUAUCGAAGCAACUGACAACGUUCAAAAAUAUUUUCCAAACAUUCAAACGACAGAUUUUCAAAGACUUUUGAUUUAUCAAAUUUUCAGGCCUGAUCAUCUUCUGACGACGAUUAAUCAAACGACAGCAAAUCUUUUAAGACUACAAAAUGAUUCAUUUACACAGUCAGGAAUGAAGCAAUUGUUGACAGAAGUUGAAAGUCAUGAAGCGAUUCUUGUUGUUGCUUCUAAUGGCGCUGAUCCAACAAAUGAAAUCAAAGAAUUUGCUGCCUCAACAGUUGGAAUUAAAAAUUAUAAAGAAAUUUAUGUUGGAAAAGGUCAAGAUGCGUCAAACUUAAAUCUUGUUCAACGUGGCGCAGAGAAAGGCGAAGUAAUUUGUGUUAAGAAUGUUCAUUUGAUGCCACAAUUUCUGCAGAAAAUUGAUCAAAAACUCAAAACAACUCAAAUUCAUGAGAAUUUCAGAAUUAUUUAUGUUUGCGAAUCUGAUAGAAACAUUCCGAAAAAUCAACUCAACAAGUUUAAGAAAAUUUUGAUGGAACCACCAAAUGGAAUAAAACAUAAAAUUUUCCAUCUUCUUGAACAGCAUCAAGCGAUUGUUCGUGACAAACGUGACUAUCGUCACAUGAAACUUUUCAUUGCACUUUUCAUUCUUCACUCGAUUCUUCAAGAGCGGAGAAAUUUCAUUCCACAAGGUUGGUGCAAAUGGUACGAGUUUGGUGAUGCUGAUGUGAAGGCUGCGAUCGACUUCAUUGUUGCAGUGACAGGAAAAUCUUACAAUCUUGAUUGGGUUGUCUUGAAAGGUUUAUUAGAGAAGAUUGUGUAUGGUGGUCGUGUUGAUAAUGUUCAAGAUUUUGAGAAAAUCAUCGCACUUAUCAACGAAUAUUUUGAUAACAAAAUCAUGACCGGAAAAUGGACACCAAAGUCACUUGAAAUUGCGAUUCCAAAUUCGAACAACUUUGAGGAAUAUCAAAGCGUUUUCCUCAAAAUUGAAUCGAAUGAUUCAAAGCCUGAAAUGUUUGGUUUGUCUCCAUCAUCAUCAGUGACAAGGAACAUCACUUUCUGUCGAAAUUUGUUGAGAGAUUUAAGGAAAAUUUACUUCAACAUUGAUGAGAGUGAGAAUUAUGAGAAACGAAUCAAACCGUUGAUGAGUUUGUGGCGAAAGCUGACAAAUGUGAGUGGAAAAAAUAAAUUUUCUUGGACUUUCAACAUUUCUGAAUUGGAGAAUGUCAGACAAGAUUCAUUAGACGAUGUCAAUCCUUGGAGACUUUUCAAACUAUCAGAAAUUCAUCUUGCUAUUCAACUCGUUCAAAAUAUUUCACAAACUUUAUCGAAAUUUUCUUCAAUCGACUUGAAUUCGAUAACUGAUGGUGAUAAAAGUGUUUUGGUGACUUUAAGUGACAAUGUUGUGCCCUAUGAAUGGAGAAAGCUUUGGCAAGGAUCGAAACUUGCAUCUGAGUUUCUUAAAUCAGUUGGCGUAAGAGUGCAAGCAGUCAUGAAUUAUCUCGACAACCUUGACGACUCAAUUAGCGAUGUUGACUUUGCGAAAAUCUUCCAUGUUGAUUCAUUCUUAUCGACUGUUAAAUUGGUUUCUUCUCGUCAUCUGAAGAUAUCAGCAAGUGACUUAAACUUGGAAUCAUUUACUGACGAAGGGCGACUCUCAAAAUUGAAAUCGAGUCAAACUCUCGUCAUCAGGAUUGCACCUGUGAUCAUCGAUGGAUUAAGCUUUGAAAAUAAUCGCUUAAUUAAAUCUGAUGGAACAAAUGCGACUAACAAUUUUACUUCAGACAUUUUCAUUCUCUUCAAAGAAAAUUCUUCAAGCUCAUCAAGUGAUGAAGAUGAUCACAACACCCACGCAAUUCCACUUUAUGCGACGAACCUUCGUGAGAAACUUUUAUGCACAAUAAAACUUAACACUUUGCUUAAUAAGAAUGAAAUAAUUUAUUCCGGCGCAUCUUUGAUUGUUCCGGGAAAUUAA